GUAAUGUUUUUGCUAAUGGCUUGGCUGUUGUCAGACAGCAAGUGGGUGACAGUGAUUAUACAUUUCUUGAUCGCUACGAUUUUGAUGCUCCGAAUGGCCUAUCAGUUUGAGUUUAUCAAAGCUGACCUAUACGAUAUAGCCACUCGCGUAAUAAUACCGGAUUGAUUGACUCAACUCAAUACGCGCUUUUAAUAGUAAUACUAAUAAUAACUGUUGUAUUAUAUUUAUUAGAGCAACUUGUUUGACUACACCCACCCCGAAAGAGCAAAACUGAAUUUGGCAGAAGCGUUGGGUCUGUGGAAAUGGGACACCAAGACAUUAGAGGGCUUGGACUUCACUAUCAAUCCAAUGUGUACACUUGAAUACAAUUUUAAGCGUACGACAAUCGUUUUGUUAAUAAAAUUGAACUCAUUAUUCCAGUGAUUUUGUUCGUGAUGCUAAUAAGAAGAAUGAUCGAAAUCAAUUUGACGUUCAAGUGCUAUCCUCGUAGUUUGCCAACGAAAAUAUUUCCCAAUAUCACGGCUUCGCAGAUAAGGAACGGAAUGAAAGAAUUAUUCAAGCAUCUGGCCAACGAAUCGUUUCACAUUUUCGGCCUAGAGGUACGAACUAAUCGGAUUAAUCGAUCGAUCCGUCUCCGAUCGACUGCUUUUGAUUUCGUUUUACUCAGAUCACCCUGACGUGGGUCAGCAUGGUCAUUGCUAUGACUUUGGACGCUCUUGCGGUGGUGUACGUACUUUUGCUCUCGUUGUUCGUCGUCGUCAGCAGACGAACAGUCUCAAAACUUUGGCCAUACUUCACGGCAUUCGUCUACAUGGUAGUGACGUUCAAGUACUUCAUGUACAUUAUGCAAUCGCUCUUGUACCACCACGACAUUUCUUGGGAAAAUGCAAGCUUCGUCGGAAGUGUUCUGUUGAAAUUGUAUGAAUACCAACGUAUUGCAUCGAUGAUACAGCUAAGCGUAAUCGAUUUCGUGGUGCUCUAUUUCGUUUCGCAACAGCUGAAAGUGUUCAGGCAUAAAAAUGUCGACCUGGACGAUCAAUUCGUUAGUUCUGAGACGUACGAUUCGAAAAACUCGGAUUUGCAGUCUAAAAUAACCCAUCAGCUGAUGGAACUUCAACAAAACGUGAUGUACCAUUAUGCGUGUUUCACUAUUUUCGUGGUGUUCCUAGACGGUAUUUGGCACUCAGACUUGCUGGCAAUCGGAUACUUGUACGCUGCGUUUGUGUUUUAUUGGAAGGGGCCACAAUUCUACUUAAUGCCCGUGCCGGAAAUAUUAAAAUUUUGGAGACAUUUGCUGUGUUACAACUUAUCGAUGAUACUGGUUAAAGUGACUGCGAAGUUUAUCGGAUGCCAAAUAAUUCAAUAUUUUGGAUGGAACCCUACGUUUAUUUAUGCCCUGAUUUCGUUGGGCUGCCAGAACAAAAUGGCUCCGUAUUCUUCAAAAGAAGCCAUUAUUACUUCUAUAAAUUACUUCCACGACGUCGAGCUAAAAUGGGAUGUAAUAAUUUUUGGAUUGUUGUUGUUACACAGAAACGUGAUAGGAAUUGAAAACUUGACUAUUUUAGUCGACGAAACAAAAGCGUCGGCCGUGAUAGCUUUACUAAUAGGUGACCUGGUAAAGGGGUGGGAAUCUGAGGCCAAAGACUACAAUCUCAUAAAAGCACAGAAGUCGUUGGAAUUGACUAAAAUCAAAUUAAACAAGAUCAGAGCUAUAAGAGACCAAUAUGAUGAUGCAUAUGAAUGGCCUGGACACAGUUUAGCGUGUCAAAAUGGACAGUAUAUGUUUGAAGAGAUAUCAGACGAUGUGCAUUUAGUCUAUCCCGACAAUGAUUAUCAAACGUUUUCGUACGAAAGUUAUUCUAGUAAAAUGCCAAAAAAUGUGGUUGGUAAAAAAAUAGUACUAGGUGUAAUGUAUGUAGUGAAAAAACUCAACAAUUAUUCGUUGGAAUAUCGGAUGACUAUGCAAGCGUUAGAAAGCGGAAAGAAGAAAUUAUUGAUACAAUUUAAUUCGAAAAUUGAUCAUUUUGGUCAACAUGCUGGACCAAUGAUGGAGUGGAUACCACUGAAAAGCGACGAUUUAGACCACACUUUAGUCAGAUCCGAGUUUAAAGACAACUGGCACGAGAAUAAGCACCUGCUGAUACAGCUGAUUAUAGCGUUGAGAGAUCUGAUAAACUCGCGAACGCACAUAAUUUGCUACUUGAUCGGGUUCGUUUACAUGGCGUUGAACAUCUACGACAUCAUCUCUGUGGUGUUUAUAGCGAUGAUGACGCUGUGGGGACAACUGUCCGUUCCCAGGGAAAGCACGAUCUUUUGGAUCAUGGCAAUCACGUACUUGCAGAUACAGAUACUGCUGAAACAUGUUUGCAGUUUUGAUUACAUGCCUUGGAUGAAUGAACAAGCUGCCGUGUACAGCAACAUGACGAGUACGGAAAACGUGCUGCUAUACCCAACGAUAAAAGUAGGACUUGCGACGAUAACAAAUCAAGUCACAAUAGAUGUCGCGGCACUAGCAGUCUUAUUAUACCAUAGAAGGAAAUUAAUAAAAACCGGGCUUUGGACUCACGUAGAUAAAAGUAUGAAGUGGUACAUAAAAAAACCAAUAGCACAUGAAUAUGAAGUGCUUAGAUCCAUCAGGAUAAUGUGUGUUAACAUCAAAACACAUUUAAUGCCAUGCUACUCUUUUUACGAUAAGCUUUGCAAUUACGAAACCGAAGGCAGUGUCGACGUUUAUCCGUACAUGUUCAUGUCGGUCAUGUUUCUGAUGAUCUAUAAUUUAAUAGUUUACCACGACGCCAUCAAAUCGAUCAAGAUGAAUAAGAUUUCUAAACAAAUCGUCUUACAAAUUUUUCUCCACAUGGGAAUGAUACUCCUGGACCGUUGGUUUUACGUCCAGCGCAACAAGGUUGGCAAACUAGUGUUCCACGUGCUCGUCGUCUCGUACUUCUUGUACAAAGUGCUGACUAUGUACACGUUAGCCGAAAAGGGCAAAUUCGCCGUGUGGGCGUUCAUAGAGUACGCGUACAUUAUGCUGUCAGCCUAUCAAAUCCGGUCCGGCUAUCCGUUUCGAUACAACGAGUCGUUCAUAUGGCACCGGCACAAAAUAUACAACUUAUACCUGUUUAAAAUAUACUAUUACUGUCCGUUCGUGUACGAGCUGCGGCUGGUGUUCGAUUGGAUCUGGACGAAUUCGACUCUAACCAUGACCGAGUGGUUCAAAAUGGAAGACAUAUACUCGCACGUUUGCAGCGUUAAGUGCACGAACGAUUUGCGGCAAGUAUUGGAUCAUAAGCGUAGCCAUAAGCUUCCGAUUUGGCUCAAGUUGAUUUUGGGAGGCGUUCUGGUGACGGUCAUACUAAUAGUGAUCAUAUUUCCCAUAACGUGGUUCUCUUUGCAAACAUUUGAAGCGGACAAGCCGACGGUUAUCAAAAUGGGUGUACAUUUCUACGACAACUGCAAGAUAUUCGAAGCGACUUCGAUCAGAAUACAAACGCUAAAUACAUUGGACUUGAACGCGUUGAAAUAUGUAUACCGCAGCUACAGUAAAGUAAUGGACUUUCUAGACAGGUAUACGGAUCACGAAGUGAGCUCUACGAUAAUAGGUUUGAGAUCUCCUACCACGUGGACAGUUACACCGCACACGUUUAACAAUUUAAUUCGACGGUUAAGCGAUCCAAAUAAGCAAAUGUAUUUGUACGUGGAUUGGUGGAUAACCCACGAAAACGGCAGCACGAUCAGCAGUGGCAACAGCCUUGCGCCGAUCGCUUGGAACGAGCGGUUGAUGUUGGUCGAAUGUAUGAACUCUUCGAUGAUAAACUAUGUUAAAACAAGCGAACCGGUAAAGAACGCCCUCGACGAAACUAGCAACACAACGUGUCAGGGAGUUAGAAUCCAAAACGCUCUACCUAAAUUCGUGGUCACGCACAUGAAGUCGAGCAAUGCCUCUAUAAAACCAAUGUUCAGCCUUCACGAUACUGAAAAGCCGUACAUGGACGCUUUUCUGACUUUCCAUCACGCCAAUGAUAAUCACAAGUACUGGUGGGACGUGAGCGAGAUAUGUCCCCAAGAAGAUGAAACAUCACACUAUCUAAGACAAAUACCGCAUUCGUCGUGCGGUAGACCGAAUUCUAAGUGUAGUAAUGCUGUCCAAAAUUUCAAUUGCACUUCCGAUUACAACAUUUUCAUAUUCAGCGACAGAUAUUCUGACGUUUUUGGCUACUUUGAAAACCAAGGAAUUUUCGGUCUAUACACGGUUGUCAUCGUCUAUUUCGGAUACAAAGUCAUGCACGACUUGUUCCGUUCGUAUAAAUUUAAAAUGAGUUACGCCGACUUGCCGUAUACGGAUAGAAUUUUGCAGCUCUGUCAGGAGAUCUACCUGGUAAGAGCGUUUGGCGAGUGGAAAAUGGAAGAAGACCUGUACGCGAUGCUGGUGUUUUUGUUUAGGUCUCCCGAAACUCUGAUCAGGAUGACAAGACCGCCCAAGCCGUCCGAUCCGUUGCAAAACAUAACGUGACGCGCGUUCCUCCAGUAAUAUUAGUAUAUUGUUUUCAAGUGUAUUCGUCUGGAACACAAUCUACACGUCACAUUUGCAUUGCCUACCGUAUUACGCGAAUUCUUUUUUCGCAAC